AUGACGAACUCAGAUAUCCACGUCAGGUCCAGAAUCGACAGUGAGGUUCAGAGUGAGAGUUAUGCGGCUGCUACUAAACAAGAGGAAAGCCGAGUAUCUACGACACGUGCUCUCCCGUUAGAUUCUUCACAUCGAACGAGAUUGCGGUCGGCAUCAGACUGUGGCAGCCGAGCGUUUUUCUACUUCAUCGCCGUCACUCAAAUUUUGCUCGUGACCACAGCUUCUACGACUCACCAACCACAGAAUGUCGGUAGCACACGAAACCAGGCUGUUCAAACACGAUUAUCUUCUAAUGCCGCAGAUGGCAUCCCGAGUACUUCAACAAUAUUGGAACACUUAUCAUGGCCUGUACCGACUCAGACACCAACACCCUUACGCUCAGCUUCAACAAAACGAUCGGUAUAUUUAUCAUCAUCAUCGUCGUCGUUGUCGUCGACAGCUUUACGAAAAAUAACAUCAGUAAAACCAUCAACACUACCCACACCAUCACUGCUAACAACGGCAAUGUCACCGUCAAAACUCUUUUUAUCUUCAUCACAUCUAAAAACACUGACUACUGAAAGUACUACUAAAAGUGUUAACCAUGAAAUGACAAGUUAUUUAAAGACUUCUCAAGCGACAACUUUGCGAAACCCUGAUUAUUUGGUCACUACAAAAACCCUUCGGAAAGGAGAUCUGGUUUACCUGAAGCGUCAAAUGGAUUUUCAACGUCAAGAGAUACGGCAACUGCGCUUGCAGUUAUCACAGAAUAAUGACCAAAUGACAACCCUUCAAAGAGAAUUCAGAGAAUUUUGUAAGCAACAACAGCAAAUGCGUAAUGUAGAACCGACCAUACCUUCUUCGCCAACUGAAAAAAACCCACAUACGACUUUUGCGUCAUUAUUGAUAUCCCCACCAGAACCUGAGGACAGGUCGACUAGUCUACGCGACAUGUUGGAUCCUCUUCUACAUUUAACACCAUUGCAGAAGGAACAAGAGAUUCUGACAAACGCUUAUACCGAUCCGAUGACUUCUCCUGACCCAUUGCUUCAACCAGAAACAUCAACGAAAAGCAUCCAAGCUGUGACGAUAGCUUCUGAAAAAGAAAUCCCUACAAAAUCUCGUACCUGUUCGGACUGUUCUAAAAAUGAAUUGCGGCUCUCCGAUUUACAGAGAGAAUUCGACUUAUUUCAAAAGCAAGUCAAUGCCACUUUUAGAACCAUCUUAAUUCAACUCGCCCACUUGAAAUCGGACUCACAAGAAAUUCCCGAGGCCGGUGAAUAUCGAAAAGAAGAAUCAACUUUAAAAGUAAAGAAAACUGAAAUCAAAUCAGUUGAAGAUGAAAUUGUUGCCCUAAAAGACGAUACUGGGACCAGAAAAGAAGCUGGAAUAAAAAGCGGCGUUAUGAACGAUGCAGCUAACCAUGCGGCGCUGUCCAAACAGAAGAUUAGUUCAAGAACGGAAGGGGAAGGCGUUUUGCCAACGACAGCUAUCGACUCGGGAUCACGAAAGCAUCAUACCUCUCAGAUUUGGUCAAGUGAACGAGACUCGGAGGGAAAAGGUGAAGAUAAAGAAAGAACGGAAAGCUUAAAAGAAGACGCCGACAAAGAUGAUGUGAAUUACAGAUAUUCAGAUGAUAUGGCUCAAGAACUGGAAAGUAUUAGCCAAAAAGUUCAACUCAUAUCCGAUCGUCUCGAAGAUUUAGAGGAUCAGCUGGUAUUUGUUAAAGAAAACACGUCUCUAUCCAUUAAACAUGUUAAGGAUACUCUCAGAGGCAAUAUUUCUUUACUGGAAAGUCAUAAUAGCCAUUCGAGAUUGGAUGGUGAAAAAAAAGGUUUUGAUCAGGAAAAGAUCUCAAGUACACAUAAUGUCAGUGAUCACACAAUUAAAGACAGCGGACAAAGAACAUUUUCUAAGAAAAACGACACAGAAAAGAAGGAAAAAGAACACUCAAGCACCAGACAAAGGAUGCUAAGUAAAAACUUCCUUCAAACUGGACAGAUUACUAGUGGAAGUGAUAUGGACAAGUUAUCAGGGAAAAAACAGUUUCAGAGUACGUACGCGGAAAGUGUACACCGUAAUUUUUCAUGGCUUUUUGAAAACUUUCAAUCCAUGCAAAAUGAAAUUUCCCAUUUGGAUAAUGCCAUGAAUGAAUUGUCCAUCACUUUAUCUAAACUAGCAGUGCGUUUUCCCUUUGCAGUCGAAGAAAGAAAUGCAACAUUAGACGCAAUAAUUUCGGCUGCGACAGAAAAAAGUACAUCUGAUCAUUUGGGCCGUUUGCUCAACGAGUGGCCAACUACAAUCCGAGAAGAAAAGAGCGGCGAGAAAGGUUAUCAAAACAAAUCAUUUUUGAAAGAUGAUCAAUCACUGAAUGAUACUUUUGAACAGGAGACAAACACCUCACAAGGUGUGUCAGCUGAAAAGAUCUUGGCUGUAAAUCAAAGUGAAGAGUGGAAAUCUGGGAGUCAGAUGAUAUCUGAUUCGGCUGAACAAUUCCCAGAAGGAACUCACAGCAUGCUCG